AUGGAGCGAGCUGGCGUCAAGACUGUCAUGGCCGUUGCAGUCAUGCAGCUCGUCCUGAGCGUCUCUCUGCUUAUCGCUCUUGCUCGUUUGGUCGUCGCGGCUGCCCUGUGGCUGCUGGAGGAGGAGGAGGAGGAGUUGGAGACGGAGUUGCUGAGGCAUGAAAGCAGUAUAGAAGCGUGGCGCAGGGGCCUGCUGGAAAGGAGGAGUGAAGUGGGAGGCUUUGAUAAGAAGAAGAUGCUACAGCCGCACUUCGGCCAGACGUUCAAGUUCAAACGGGUGGGGGUGAAGUGA